AUGACCUCUCAUUCCGCCCACCUCCGCCUGUACCACUCAGCAUGCACGACACUCUACGCACCGCCUGACGAGCUCAGCACCCCAGCGAAGGAAGGUUUAACCUGGUUUAACACCUACAACGCACGAAUGUCUACGUUUUUUGCUCAGGCUGGUCCGAGGGCCAUGCGUAUCACCUCAGCAGCGCUUCGUUAA